GAGCAAACCUCUAAUCGAUAAUAGCAGCAGCUGCAGUGAACCGAAAGCAGUACGAAAAAUUCAGUUUACGCAUUGAGUUUCAACAAUUUGAUCAACCUCAACCUCGAUUCCUAACGUAAAUGCAAAAAAAAAUGACAUAACAAAAUUACCCUGCAUUGAGCAAAUACCUGUUACGCGAAUGUUCCGAUGAACAAUUUGUUAAUUAAUAUGAACUACGCGGUAAACGCGAAUACCUGUAUGAAAUGUGAAUAAAAACAAAAUCAGUUUGUAUGUGGCUUUCGCGUUAUUGAAAUUCACUCGGAGAGGACCAAUUUUUUCAACGGACGAACAAAAAUAGCUUGGCAAACGGAGACUUAAUUAUUAGUGUGAAAAUGAUGUGGGUAUUCCAUAUUUUGUGGCUAAUGUUAGUCAUUGUGUUGUUUUUCAUUAUUUUGCGACGAAUUUACUACUUUGGGAUGCAGGGAAUCACACCACAGCGAGAACGAACAGAUUCUACACCGACGACAUCAACAACCAGUACAGGCAAUAACCAGCAGUAUUACAUCUUCACAGUAUAUGGUUCACAAGGUGCACAAGAACCCACAAAUAUUUCAGCAAAUUCUGAGCAAUCGCCGCCAAACUAUGAAGCAACGCGGCCACCACCAAAAUAUGAGGAAGUGAUAACUUCACCGGAAACUUUCGAGAAACCCCCAGCGUACAGUCGAGUAUAAUGAUGUAUUUACAUGCUAAUAAACAACCCUUGUCACACUUA